AUGGCCAAGUCGACGAAUCCAAUGGAGACGUAUCGUCGCGAGCAGAAGAAAAAGGAGCUGAAAAAGCACCGAAUGGAGCGAAAGAAAGAGAAAGAGGUCAAGUUUAGCUCUAUGGAUCCAGCAGAGCUCAAGGAAAAACUCAAGAACCUCGAGCGCCAAGUAGCUGCUAAUCCAACGGACGGACCUACGCGUAAGCGUAAACAGGAGCUAGAGGACACGCUACGGGUGGUUGUUAAGAAGCAAAAGGAGAUGGCAGAAGAAGAACGUAAAAAGCUGGCGGACGCGCCACCGCCGCUGCCAAUGAGUAUAACGGAGUUGACGGAGGCAAAUAAGGAAAAGUUCCAGAACCCAGAGAAAUCUAUCUACUACCACCCGACGUUGAACCCGUUUGGAGCACCACCGCCAGGAAAACCACAGAUGUACCGCAAUGCGUCGUCCGGACCAAUGGGUCCACCUAAAAUUUUAGCUUGUGGGCAUCCAAGACAGGAACGUCCACAGCAGCAGAAAUUUCGGGACCAACUGCCACGUUCGAGAGCUGAGGCAAGGCCAUCACCUGCACGAAUGCAGCAGCCACGCAUAAUGGCAAGACGGCCUGGGAAACGGCCACCAUUGCCUCGUGGACCUCCGCCUCCAGGGACGAUUCAGGUGCCUUCUAGACCGCCACUACCAAGCGGGGCGAUUCCAGCACGGCCGCCUCCUCCGCCACCUGUACACACUCGGAUUGCUGGUGCAGCGGUACCACCGCCUCCAUUUCUGCAACAGCCGCGCGGGAUAGUUCCACCACCUUCUCCUUAUCCAGCUACCGUCGUAGCUGCAAAUGAUAGGGAGACGGAGUCUAAUCAAGCUGAAGUUGGUAUGGACGGAAAUGACGUCGUCGCUGCUUAUCCAAGAACGGACGAGCCUGACUUUCGCGACUCCUGCAUGGAAGAAGAUCAAGAAAUGAGCGAGGAGGCUGCUACGCGUGCAGCUGCAAGUCGAGCGCAACUCCGCUCGCUAGUUCCUGUUGCUCUUCGUGUCCAGCGUCAAGUACCUGCCCCUAGUGUUGCACGUGGCAGCAGUGUUUCAUCUGUCCCCGCUUCAUGUCGUCCUCCAGCUCCCGUGCCUCGGCCUACAAUGCCGUCAAUUGACGUCAUUCCUGGUCCACUUCGAAGAUCCACCACUCUCGCAGGUAAUAGUUCCGUGGCCAACGAAUUCGACAACUUUAUGGAAGAAGUCAAGGAACUGCUCGACAAAUAA